CCCCGGCCGGACUUUGUCAAGUGCUGGUGCCGCCCACCUCCGCCACCCGUGCCGACCCGUUCCACUGCCACCCGCCGCCGCCACCACCACCACCACCCGCCGCCACUACCACUACCACCUCCACCACCUCCACUACACUACCACCACCAUUACCACCUCCACCACCACCACUAUCUCCUCCACCUCAUCCACCGCCGCCGUCGCCCAUGCGCCGCCCCCCACCGCCACCUCACCCGCUACACUAGACUCCACCUGCCAGACCCCCCACAGUGCCCAGGUGACCUUUGACCUGCCCCAAACAAAACAAAAGUGACCGCUUAAUCUCCAGGUUCCUCCGCUGCCGAACCUUCAGUUUGCCCUAUACCAGCAGCAGCAGCAGCAGCGGCGGCGGCAGCAGCAGCAGCAGCAGCAGCAGCGGCGCGGCAGCAGCAGCAGCAGCAGCAGCAGCAGCAGCAGCGGCAGGAUCAGGAAGGUAGUACGUCUGCCAUAGCAGGCUGGAUCUGUCAAGAAGGAUGUUGGCUACCAUGGCCACGCUGAUGAUGCCGGCCCCUGCCCCAACCAUGACCAUGAACCCCUCAGCUCUGCCACUCACCUCUGCCAAGCAGUCACCCGUGCACAACACACAGCCAGAUAUAUCAGAAUGCUCACUCCGCUUGCAAUGAGCAUUUUCACCCGGCUGUGCAAGCCUGUUGUGGAACAACCUACCCACACCAUGUGGCAGCCUGUUACGGCCAGACCCCUACGUCAACCCUACCUUCUCCGGGGCACCCCCACAACCCCACAGAACAUUUUCACAUCUUCGUGGGAGACCUGAGCCCAGAGAUAGAGACUCACACGCUGAGAGAAGCCUUUGCACCCUUUGGAGAAAUCUCCGAUAGCCUGGUUAACCAAGCAGACACCAGACAAGCCUGGCUCAGGGCUGGGCUGCGGGUGCAGGGAAAUCUCUCGAAACAUAGCAAAGGUAUAUCAAAGUUAUAUCAAAGUUCAAGUGUUCCUCGAGCUAACAGUGAUGCACAAGUGAUUGGUGUCUGUACUAAUAGCAUGAUGGGUGAGAAUAUAUAG